AUGCCUAUUCUCUCUGGAAGCAGAGAACAUGACUACAGCUUUGCUUCCUGCAAAUCUUUGAACCAUCUGCUUCCCAUCUCAGGGGUCAAGACUCCGUCUGCCAAAGGGAUCCACUACCAAAGGAUCCAGAGAAUUUACUGCUCAGAUCAGUUCCAAACAGUUGAUCUAAAGAAGGAGGUCAUGAUCAAUGUUGGUGGCAUCAAAUACCUCCUACCUUGGAGCACAUUGGAUGAAUUUCCAUCCUCUAGGCUGAGCAAAUUAAAAUCAUGCAGCAGCUAUGAGGAAAUCACCCAGAUCUGUGAUGACUAUGAUGAAGACACCCAUGAAUUCUUCUUUGACCGGAACCCGAGUGCUUUUGGGAUGAUUGUCAGCUUCCUUGCAGCGGGGAAACUGAUGCUUCUCCAUAACAUGUGUGUCUUGUCCUUCCAGGAAGAGUUGAAAUACUGGGGGAUUGCAGAGUCAAGGUUAGAGAACUGUUGUUUCCGGAAGCUCUUCCAAAAGGUGGAUGAAUUAGCACAGGUGCACAAAGAAGAAGAACUGCAGAGGAGCAAGAUGAUGUCCUGUGCCCAGGAGGAGGAGACCAGAUUUGGUCGGUUCAGGAGCAAGCUGACAGACAUGGUUGAAAACCCACAGUCGGGACUCCCUGGGAAAAUUUUUGCUUGCCUCUCCAUUCUCUUUGUGGCAACCACAGCAAUAAGCCUUUGUGUCAGCACUAUGCCAGACCUAAGAGAAGAAGAAGACAGGGGUGAAUGUUCCCAAAAGUGCUACUACAUCUUCAUCAUAGAGACUGUCUGCGUAGCCUGGUUCUCCCUGGAGUUUUGCCUUCGAUUCAUCCAAGCCAAGAGCAAGUGUCAAUUUUUCAAAGGGCCCUUGAACAUUAUCGACUUCAUGGCCAUUUCUCCCUAUUAUGUCUCCCUCAUUGUGCUGGAUGACGAACCCACGGACAAUGACCACCGGCCAAGUGGGAAUCUGUAUCUUGAGAAGGUGGGUUUGGUGCUCCGGGUCUUACGGGCACUGAGGAUACUGUACGUCAUGCGCCUCGCAAGACACUCUUUGGGCUUGCAAACAUUAGGUCUCACAGUGCGGAGGUGCGCUCGUGAAUUUGGCCUCCUGAUCCUCUUUCUGUGCGUUGCCGUUACUCUGUUUUCUCCCCUGGUCUACCUUGCAGAGAAUGAAUCUGGGAAGGUCCUGGAGUUUACCAGCAUCCCGGCCUCCUAUUGGUGGGCCAUCAUCUCCAUGACUACAGUGGGGUAUGGGGACAUGGUCCCAAGGAGUGUUCCAGGCCAGAUGGUGGCUCUGAGUAGCAUUCUGAGUGGGAUCCUAAUUAUGGCUUUUCCAGCUACCUCCAUAUUCCACACUUUCUCCCAUUCCUACGCGGAGCUGAGGAAACAGCACAAACGACUGCAUUCCCAAAUCACAAGAAUAAAAAGUGCCAACAUGGCCAUCGAAAGAGAUACCUUGAACGAGAGCGAAAGCUUUGCUUCGGAUGAAAGUGGAUCUCCCAUCAAGUACAUUUACAAAGGAUAA